UGGCACGAGCACGAGCACGAGCACGGAAGACGUGGAAGGAUUAAGGGAGUUGGAAGUGCUGUUCGGGUUGAACGGCAUAAUGGAGGACCUGGAUGGAUCGUUCAACGACUCUUUCAACGAGAGUCUAUUGUUCCCGUGCAACGGUAGCCUGUGCAACGAGACGUACGUGGUGCUCGGGGAGAGCCUGUACCCGUCCGGGUACACGAUCCUUCAAAUAGUUCUGGCGUCCGUCCUUGUCACGCUGUUGAUGAUCGUGAUCGUGGUCGGAAACAUGCUUGUGAUAAUCGCGAUCGCGACCGAGAAGGCGCUCAAGAACAUACAGAAUUGGUUCAUAGCUAGUCUGGCGGUGGCCGAUUUCUUCCUAGGCCUGGUGAUCAUGCCUUUCUCGUUGGCAAACGAGAUCAUGGGAUAUUGGAUCUUCGGGUACUGGUGGUGCGACAUUUACUCGGCCAUGGACGUGUUGCUGUGCACGGCGAGCAUCAUGAACUUGUGUCUGAUAAGCUUGGACAGGUACUGGAGCAUCACGCAGGCGGUGGAUUAUCUGAAGAAGAGAACUCCCGCAAGAGCGGCACUCAUGAUCGCGCUUGUGUGGCUCCUGUCCGCCCUCGUUUGCAUCCCUCCCCUCCUCGGAUGGAAGAGACCCACGCCGGCUGAAGAGUAUCCCAAGUGUAAGCUUUCAGAGGACAUAGGCUACGUCCUUUACUCGGCGCUCGGCAGCUUCUACAUCCCCUCGUGCAUCAUGGUGUUCGUGUACAUACGCAUUUACUUCGCAGCGAAGGCGCGGGCGCGCCGCGGGAUCCGGAAGCCGCGUCCACGCGCGGUCGUUCCGCCCGAGUCGAAACCGCCUCCUGGCUCCGCCAUGGAGAACGUCGCCACUAUCGAGAACCAGCCCGUUCAAAUACCCAUCGUCACGUGCGACUUUGCCAGCGACGUCAGCACCUCCGAGGCGGACCCCGGAGGGGGGAGCAGUAUCCCCAUGGAGGAGAAGGACACGCUCAAGGUGACGAUGCCGGUUCCGGUGCAAAAGAGCAGCCUGAAGGCGACGCUGUCCGUGAACGGUGACGGGCAGUCGAGCGUCCCGUCCCGAUGCAGGGCGCCCAGCGUCGGUAUCGACGUCGACAUGGUGUCCGAGUUCGAUCCGUCGUCGUCGGACAGCGGCGUCGUUUCGAGAUGCGCGGUCGUGAAGCCGCUCAAGCUUCGCCUCUGCCAGCCCAUUUUCGGGCGCAGGAACAUCGGCAAGCUGAGGAGGGAGCACGGGGGGGACGGGGGGCGGGCGUCCGGACUGGCGAGAAAGAAGGAGAAACGAGCCACGCUGAUACUUGGCUUCAUAAUGGGCAGCUUCAUCGCUUGCUGGCUGCCAUUCUUCGUCCUCUACAUCGCGAAACCUCUUUUCCCAAACGUCAAGAUACCGAUCCAGGCGUUCGUGAUCGCGUUCUGGCUAGGCUACAUGAACUCUGCCCUAAACCCGUUCAUUUACACCGUCUUCAACAAGGACUUCCGCCGAGCGUUCCGCAGGAUACUCUUCAAAUAAUCCCGUCGUCCCUGGACGAACGUUCGCGAGCCAGUUCUUCCAGGUAAAAGAAACGAGAAUCGUGGGGCGUGCGGAUCGCUCUCGCGAUUGGACCGGGGUGGAACGUCGAUCGUAGGAUCGAGCAAGAGCAUUUGAGAAGGAA